AUGGAAGCCACCGAUAGUGAAUCAAGUGGUACUGAUACAAAUCCCCAAGUUAUUAAUCCGGGACAACACCAUUUAAGACAGGGUAAUGCUCGACCCAUACCAGACUCGGUUCAACAUAUAAACCAUUGGUGCAGAGACGAAGGUAUACACCCUCCUUAUAGAAUGGCAAGAGAAUAUUACAACCACAUUAAUAGAGGUACAGCUGAUAAAGCCCUUCCAAUUAUCAUACGGCGAAUAAAUCGCCAAAUUGAUCAAGCUAGAAUCUCGAUUAAUCAGAUUCUGGAAGUAAAUGCCACCGCACAAGUCAAUAAUGCGGAUAUCUUAUGA